AUGCGGCCGCAGCAGGGCAUGCGACUCGAUGAGCGGUACGUUCCGUACUUGCAGAUGGCUGGAUUAUACCAUCUUGCGAGACUGAACGAUAGAUGGUUCCGAUUAGACGAGCCCCUUAUCAGUGCCUUCGUCGAGCGGUGGCGUCCGGAGACGCACACAUUCCACAUGCCGUUCGGAGAGCGCACGAUCAAACUUCAGGACGUGGCCUACCAGUUGGGAUUGCCAGUGGACGGACGUUAUGUUAGUGGUUGCCUGACAGAUUUCCAGAUAUACAUCCAUGGUAGCCGUCCGGCUUGGGAGACUUUUGAAGAGUGCCCCGCGGGAGCCGAUGAGGAGACAGUGAGGCACUUUACUCGUGCCUAUAUCAUGAUGUUGUUGGGCAUCCAGUUGUUUGCCGACAAGUCCGGCAACCGUGUUCACAUUAGAUGGCUACCCUAUGUGGCUAGGCUUGAGGAGAUAGGUGGAUACAGCUGGGGUCGGCGGCACUAG